UCUGCAGCUCUUUUCACCUUGUCAAAACAGUGCUCAGCCACUUCGGCAGCUGUUUUCACCUUGUCAAAAUUGUGCCCAGAGACUUCGGCUGUUGUCAAAACAGCUCUGCAGCUCUUUUCACCUUGUCAAAACAGUGCUCAGCCACUUCGGCAGCUGUUUUCACCUUGUCAAAAUUGUGCCCAGAGACUUCGGCUGUUGUCAAAACAGCUCUGCAGCUCUUUUCACCUUGUCAAAAUUGUGCCCAGAGACUUCGGCUGUUGUCAAAACAGCUCUGCAGCUCUUUUCACCUUGUCAAAACAGUGCUCAGCCACUUCGGCAGCUGUUUUCACCUUGUCAAAAUUGUGCCCAGAGACUUCGGCUGUUGUCAAAACAGCUCUGCAGCUCUUUUCACCUUGUCAAAAUUGUGCCCAGAGACUUCGGCUGUUGUCAAAACAGCUCUGCAGCUCUUUUCACCUUGUCAAAACAGUGCUCAGCCACUUCGGCAGCUGUUUUCACCUUGUCAAAAUUGUGCCCAGAGACUUCGGCUGUUGUCAAAACAGCUCUGCAGCUCUUUUCACCUUGUCAAAACAGUGCUCAGCCACUUCGGCAGCUGUUUUCACCUUGUCAAAAUUGUGCCCAGAGACUUCGGCUGUUGUCAAAACAGCUCUGCAGCUCUUUUCACCUUGUCAAAACAGUGCUCAGCCACUUCGGCAGCUGGUUUCACCUUGUCAAAAUUGUGCCCAGAGACUUCGGCUGUUGUCAAAACAGCUCUGCAGCUCUUUUCACCUUGUCAAAACAGUGCUCAGCCACUUCGGCAGCUGUUUUCACCUUGUCAAAAUUGUGCCCAGAGACUUCGGCUGUUGUCAAAACAGCUCUGCAGCUCUUUCCACCUUGUCAAAACAGUGCUCAGCCACUUCGGCAGCUGUUUUCACCUUGUCAAAAUUGUGCCCAGAGACUUCGGCUGUUGUCAAAACAGCUCUGCAGCUCUUUUCACCUUGUCAAAACAGUGCUCAGCCACUUCGGCAGCGGUUUUCACCUUGUCAAAAUUGUGCCCAGAGACUUCGGCUGUUGUCAAAACAGCUCUGCAGCUCUUUUCACCUUGUCAAAAUUGUGCCCAGAGACUUCGGCUGUUGUCAAAACAGCUCUGCAGCUCUUUCCACCUUGUCAAAACAGUGCUCAGCCACUUCGGCAGCUGUUUUCACCUUGUCAAAAUUGUGCCCAGAGACUUCGGCUGUUGUCAAAACAGCUCUGCAGCUCUUUUCACCUUGUCAAAACAGUGCUCAGCCACUUCGGCAGCUGUUUUCACCUUGUCAAAAUUGUGCCCAGAGACUUCGGCUGUUGUCAAAACAGCUCUGCAGCUCUUUCCACCUUGUCAAAACAGUGCUCAGCCACUUCGGCAGCUGGUUUCACCUUGUCAAAAUUGUGCCCAGAGACUUCGGCUGUUGUCAAAACAGCUCUGCAGCUCUUUUCACCUUGUCAAAAUUGUGCCCAGAGACUUCGGCUGUUGUCAAAACAGCUCUGCAGCUCUUUUCACCUUGUCAAAACAGUGCUCAGCCACUUCGGCAGCGGUUUUCACCUUGUCAAAAUUGUGCCCAGAGACUUCGGCUGUUGUCAAAACAGCUCUGCAGCUCUUUUCACCUUGUCAAAACAGUGCUCAGCCACUUCGGCAGCUGGUUUCACCUUGUCAAAAUUGUGCCCAGAGACUUCGGCUGUAGUCAAAACAGCUCUGCAGCUCUUUCCACCUUGUCAAAACAGUGCUCAGCCACUUCGGCAGCUGGUUUCACCUUGUCAAAAUUGUGCCCAGAGACUUCGGCUGUUGUCAAAACAGCUCUGCAGCUCUUUUCACCUUGUCAAAACAGUGCUCAGCCACUUCGGCAGCGGUUUUCACCUUGUCAAAAUUGUGCCCAGAGACUUCGGCUGUUGUCAAAACAGCUCUGCAGCUCUUUUCACCUUGUCAAAACAGUGCUCAGCCACUUCGGCAGCUGUUUUCACCUUGUCAAAAUUGUGCCCAGAGACUUCGGCUGUUGUCAAAACAGCUCUGCAGCUCUUUUCACCUUGUCAAAAUUGUGCCCAGAGACUUCGGCUGUUGUCAAAACAGCUCUGCAGCUCUUUUCACCUUGUCAAAACAGUGCUCAGCCACUUCGGCAGCUGGUUUCACCUUGUCAAAAUUGUGCCCAGAGACUUCGGCUGUUGUCAAAACAGCUCUGCAGCUCUUUUCACCUUGUCAAAAUUGUGCCCAGAGACUUCGGCUGUUGUCAAAACAGCUCUGCAGCUCUUUUCACCUUGUCAAAACAGUGCUCAGCCACUUCGGCAGCUGGUUUCACCUUGUCAAAAUUGUGCCCAGAGACUUCGGCUGUUGUCAAAACAGCUCUGCAGCUCUUUUCACCUUGUCAAAACAGUGCUCAGCCACUUCGGCAGCUGUUUUCACCUUGUCAAAAUUGUGCCCAGAGACUUCUUCGUGUCAAGGACUGA